AUGUCUCAAGGCCCUUUCGUCACUAGCGACAUUCUUCCCGCUUGCGAUUUGUGUUAUGGCAGAAAGGUGAAAUGCGAUAGGCGAUUGCCUUGUGCCAAUUGCGUUGAUGCUGGUGCGGAAUGUCAACGCUUGCGGCAGGGAAGGUCUUCUAGGAAGAGGACAUUGCCAAACGAAUUGUUGUCCGCAGAAUCGAUAGUAGAUCUUGGUGAACCAGUACGUCGAAUACGACGGACGAACGAUUCCCUACAAAGCCCAACUGUUGGAGACUCAUCCGAUAGGCAGAUGGUCACAGAGCAAAGUCCCGUUGUGCUUCGACAGGUUACAAGGGGGACAUCUCCGAUUGCUACCCCCUCAACCGAAGGUGACAAUGCCUCGAAUUACCAUGCUAUCCAGGCCAAGAACAUCAUUCAGCUUGAGCUAGAUGAUUCUAGGUUUAGUCAGGAACGACAGGCCAUAUUGAGAUCUGCUCUUCAGCUGGUGACCAAGAUUGCUGCUAGUGAGCGUCACCAAGCUGACAUGGUUGCGGAGGACCUGUCAGAUGACGGACUUGAUGUCCCUGAAUCGCCUCCUCGAGAAAUGCUCUUCAUGCUUCUUCGAGGUCCGACGGAGUCGAUGGGCAGUGAAUGGCCAGACCACAUUUCCGACAAGGCAUACGAGCGGAUGGCGACAGCGUUACUCGAGGGAGAACUCGAUCCUAACGAGCGGCUAUUCCAUCAGUACUCUAUUUGCGUUUACGUAAAGGCUGUCUAUCGUUCGUUUCGACUCUAUCGCGCUACCGAAAACCAGGCUAUAAGACGCCAGCUCUCACAAUCCAAGAAGAUCUAUACGCGCGCGGCGAUCAAAAGCAUCCGCCAGUUUAACCCGCUCCAGUGGCCCGAUUUGGUAUCUAUACAGUCGUUGGUCUCUAGCGCCCUGCUUAUGCAGAAUCUAGGGAGAUUCAACCAGUGCUGGCUCAUCAUCUCUUACGCUGCUCGGCAGAUUACUGCCCUCAAUUACCACAAGAUUCAUAAAUCACAAACAUACACGGAAACCGAAGAAGAGAUCUACGGCGCCGUGUGCUGGUGCUAUUAUCUCGAUCGAACAUUGAGUUCUCUUUUAGGUCGACCCGUCUCACUUCCCGACCUCGAGGUUUCCCCUGUUGACCUAAUCACACUGGACCCGUCUUCACCAUAUGGUGGCGUCUUUCGCAUCGUGCUUGAGCUCGCCGAGAUUCAAGGAGAACUACACAGGAUAUCCAAUCCUAACAUGAACGAGGCAAAGGCGGUCGUCGAGACAUGCCAGGCUUUGGAGACAAAGAUGCACAGCAUGCUUCCGACAAUACAAGCGAAUCGCGACGCGCUUCCCAAGACGCUAUUUCUAUAUCCUCUCAGCGCGUUCUUCGUGGUCUUUUGUCAUAUCAUUGGCACCCUAGAUCGCAACGACUAUAACCUCAUGCGAAGCAUCACCGAGAGCUUGUCUCAGUUCAAACAAGAUCCCCAUCUAGGAAAGCUGCUGGGUCUGCUGCAGUCUUUGGAGAGGAUGUGCGAGCCCUUGUUUGUGGAGAGAGAUACGGACGGUGCCUACCCAACGAGACAUGUUCCGCCUGCAGAUGUACACAUACAGCAAGAAGCGGGGACGUCUACCACUCCUGCCACGAACGGCCAUACCGCUGCCAACGUCUCAGGCCCUGUCAAUGAUAUCCCCCAGAUCAAUUAUAUUGGUGACGGCGACGCCGGCAUCAACCUUUUGGAUAAUGAGUCGAUGCACUUCCACAAUACUGAAAUGGAUCUUUCAGCUGAGGGGCUUAUGUGGCAGCUCUUCAAUAGCGAGGUCCCUGCUGGCUGGCUGACGGCGGAUAUGUGA